UUUCUGCACGUGUUGGAGCUGACGAAUCUACAGUACCUCAAACUUGAGCUAUGCUCGAUCGUGGACGGUGGACGCAUACAUAAUGUAGCCUUUCCCGAACUGCGCCACAUGGUAAUGAUCAACAGUGGUACGUGUAUUCGCAUCGACAACGGUUUUUCAAACAUCCGGACAUUCACAUACACUAUGGAUAUGCAGCUGCCAAAACUGUGCCGCUAUAUGGUGGAUCUAGAGGAUUUUGAGAUCGAAUUCCGCACAAACUACUCGAUCGCCAAAGACGUCCGGGAUUACUUUCACCAUUUGCCGACACUGGCCAACUUGCGCGUGCUGCGACUGAGCGGCAUCAAGACGAACACGAGGCCGUGGCAGUUCGCCGCACCGAUGCCCGCCGUCGAACGUUUGGUGCUGCGGAAGUGCCACCUAGCUCGCUGCGACUUCAAGUUACUGCCGCCACUGUUCCCCUCUGUCAAAUUGCUUGAGCUGGACGGCACGAUCAUCGCGUACAAACGCCACCCGCAGGGUGUCGACCCGCUUCGUUACUUCGAGGGCAGACUUAAGGAGUUCUUUCCGGGAGUUUUGGUCCUAUACAAAGAUUGCCAGGCGGUGCCACUCCCAACGGUGCUAGAAAUGGAGGACGAUUACCGGUGGCGAUUGAAAGAGAUAAGAGAGAUGAAUAUACUGGAUAUCAAAGCAUGGGGUAGUAAAUAUAACCGACGGAAAUACAACCGGCACAAGUGGAGUACCGGUCCAGUACAUUUAAGCGUAGAAGACAUUCUUUAUGCGUAGAAGACCAACGAUAACAAUAAAACGACGAAGCAGUUCGCAUUAUUUUUGAUGCUUGAAAAAAAAUAUAGAUUCAGCUCCUGGCGUCUUCCUUCUGUUUUCAGACCCAAAUAAAUCUAGUGUGAAAAGCGUUUUUCGUCAAUUGAUGACGUCAUAACAGCGGCGAAAGCGUAUUUUGA